CAUUCCGCGUAGCUUUGCAUAUCCCGUGGCGACUCGUUCGCAUAGCCGCAAGCCAUAUAUGGCACUGUUUCGAAUUAAACUAUAGGCGCCAAAUUUUUAUUAAAAAAACAACCAGCCUAUAGGAGAGACGAAAACAAAAGUAGCUAUUUACUUUGUUCCGCCUUCAACUUUACGGCAUGCGUGACACACUGUGAGGUUUAAAGUCAAUUCGAUUCAGUAACCGCCAUCGCUAGUCUUAAGUCGUAACUUACGACUAAAUAAGCGCUUGAUUGAGCUGCUACAAACGUUUCUCAUGAAAUGGUGACUUGAGUUUCCACUUCUACUGCAUAGUAUCGACAUUGCUCCACACCGCUGAAGAUUAUCGCUCGUGACAAUUUAAUAACAAGCAACUAGCAAGGAUGUAAUCAAAAAUCGCAAAACACACAUUCGUUGCCCGAAGAAACUGAUGAAAAGCAACUAUCCCGAUCAUCUUGGUUCUAAGUAUCGAAACUCGUCCAUCGUGGUCAUGGCUUUCUCUGUUUGGAUUUCACUUGGCUCGUUGUUUCUUCCUUGCACAGCAUUCUUAGAGGCGGGAGUUUCCAGCUAUCUUGAAAACACUGUGUCUCACGUUCCUGAAGCCGGCUGGAAUCUGGUGAAACCAUGGGCUACUAAGGAACGGAAAGGCUUCUUUGCGGCCGAUGCCGCAGGAGGAAUAAUAUAUCAGGACAGAUUUGUUACACCCGAGCAAGGAAUAUACUUUAUUGCACUGAAUUUACAAUUGACAAAUGUAACUGCUGGCAUCUUAAAAGCGAGUCUGGUGAUAAAUGACGAGUUUGACAAAAAAAAUGGAUUCGAAGGUUUUAUUGGAACGACCACGUCAACAGAAACCUUAAGUAUGUCUGGGUUUUUGCUUCUUUAUGAAAAUGAUGUCAUAGCUUGUUACCUUAGUGGCGCAGCGGGAUUGUUGUUGCCAGAGAGCACUUUUUCAGUCAUGAAGAUGUCACGUCGAGGUUCUGUCCCAGGUUUUCACGGUGUAUUGUCACGUAACCAGGAUAUCCAGCCUCAGGCCACAAGCCGGCUUAAAUAUUGGACAACCACUGGGUCCAAGGGUUUAUUUGUGAUGGGCAGCGGAACUUCCCCGUCUGUUGGACUAUAUUGCUCAAUUGUUGAUGGCAUUCACAAAUUCACGUCAAACAUAAACCUUGAAUCGAAAAACCAAUCGUCGAGCGUAGAUCUAAGAAUUGUUUUAAACUCCAAUACUACUAUGGUGAAAAGGUACUCGUCAGGAACGAAAAGAUAUUCCACUAGUGUGUCCGGAAUGUUUAACUUGAAACGUGGAGAUUGUGUUGAGAUGAGGAUUGAGUGUACCAGUGGUGGAAACGCUAAAGUCCUAAAUGGUACUAGUUUUUCAGGCCUUCUUCUUGGUCAACAAAAGGAGAUCAAUCAGCAAUUCUCCGUCAGUUUACCUUUCCAGAAUCAAUUGGAAACGGGACCCGGAUGGAAUAAGGUUCAAAACUGGAUCGUAAACAACUCAACGAGGAACUUUCCAACACAACAAAUGAUUCUGAAAACAAAUCAUAGUACGUUCAUAUCGGACACUAACGGAGUGUUCAUCGUGGUAGCUGUCAUAAAUAUAAAUGCUUCAACAGAGAGUCAGAAUGAUUUAAGACUGCUUGUCUCAGUUAAUGAGCCUUCGUCUGGUGUAACUGGUAACAGCGGACUAUUGGCGGCAUAUUCAUUCUCUUCAAGUCUCAGAUCGUUACUUGUUUGCGGUCUUGUUUCGCUAAACAAAGGAGAUUCACUAGGUGUUUACAUCUAUGGCGAUUAUCGUGAAAGCGAUUUGGUGGAUGGACUGUUUUGUGUUUCUGCUGUCCCCUACGACUGGCCGGGUGUAGCAGCUUCGCUCUCAGAAACUAUUCCUCUGAAUUCCCCAGAAUGGACGAAACUUACCGAGUGGAAUACUAACGGCGUUCCUGGGUUGUUCGCCUUCGACAAUGCGUUCUCUCCAACCAACGGAGUUUAUCGGCCACAUCAAGAUGGAUCGUACUUUGUGUCCUGCAACGUAAUUUUUGAAGGUGAAGGUCAGGGGAAUUUGUCAGCCAUAAUCGCCAUCGACGACGCUUUAGAUUCCGGAAACGGACUGUACGCAUUAGAUGAAAAUCCUAGAAAACUGGUCACCCUUAAUGUGGCUGGUUCCAUAAAACUUAGAAAAAGUCAAAAUGUCUCAGUGUACGUCAAAACAACCGCAUCGUCAUCCUGGAACAUUUCUAUUCAAACAGGUUUUUCGGUGGUGUUGAUUGGAGCAGAUUCUCUCGUUACCCCUGGAGUCUUUGCAGUUAAACAAGAAAUUUCUACGUGCGGGGAAAUUGGCAAAUGGAAACUAAUCCAACCUGCGUCUGACUCUUUUUUCCCGAACAAUGCUCGGUUUGACCCAGCCUCAGGCAAGUUCAAGGCUGAAAAAGAUGGCCUUUACCUUGUCAGUGCAGUGAUUUUAAUACGACAUUCAGGAUCAUCUCAAAUCAGAAUGGCCAUUGUAGAAGAUGAACAGUCCAUUAAUGUAACAACGUUUCAGUCAAAUUCUGUAAAUUUCAAUAGUGGGGACCAUGUCAGCACGUUGACGCUAUCCAGUCCAGCACGCCUUUCAGCAAAUCAGAAAGUCUCAAUCUUCAUCCACUUACUUGGCCAGAACAGUUUUCUGUGUAAAGUACUACCAAAUAGUAGUUUUUCCGCUGUUUUAGUUUCUCGAUGGGAAAGUAAUUAUGCUGCCGGAUUUUUGACAACCGCAUUCUAUGAUUCAGAAGUGCGAGGGGGAUAUAAUGAAAUCGAAGACUGGAAAUCUGUGUCGUCAGUUUCCAAAAAGUACAAAAUAGAACCUUUCACUCCAAUAUAUAUCAAGAGCAGUGGCCUAUAUUUUGUGCAAAUUGUCUUUAUUGUAAGUGAUCGGAAGGGUUACAAGGAUUUUGAGAGUGGAAUUUGUAUCAAUGGGAUGAUUGCUUAUAAUGGCAUCUCGGCAUCAAAAGUAAGUGCACAGAAGCAUGAAGAAUUUGUCAUUAGUGCAUUUGGAGUGUUAUUCCUGAGAAAAAAACAAAAAAUUAGCCCAUGCAUAAAAUCUAAGAACAGUUUAGAUUUCGCUACCAAAAGAAAUUCUUGGUUUUCAAUUGUUCGAUUUCUUCCGCGUCGUCAAACUCCAGGUUUUCAUCAAAUUCUCGAGGAUGGCCAUAAUAAAAAAGCGAUCCCAGGAUGCUCGGUGACAGGAUUUAUGUCAACAGGUGGAGGCCAACUGGCCUACGUAAAUGGCGACGUAUACAAAUCAAAUCCGACAUCACCGAAUGACGAAAGAAACUUUACUGCACCUGUAAACGGUACUUACUUGAUAUCACUUCUGAUCACCUUAUAUGGAAACAUCACUGAAAAUGUCACUGCGUGUAUUGGAAAUCAAACGUCUGUAGGGUGUCUCGUUGAAAUUUCUGAUAGUUGGAGAAAAACCAGCUACACCUUUGGGUUUGUUGGACUGCUUAACCUCGGCAAGAACGAGAUAAUUUCAAUCUGUCUUCAGACUACAGAUGAGGCAUCGUCUUUGAUAGGAGUCACGAAAUCCGUUGAAUUUCGAGGUGGAGUCAGCACAACUGUUCAACUAAAACAUAACUCCAAAUGGUUAAGUUCCACUGGAUGGCAAGAGUUAUCUCGGUGGAAAACUCGUGGUGGACAGUCCGUGGAUAAACUUUACGUAACGGAAAGUGGGCUUUAUAUUCUCUCCAUUAAUUUGCAGUUAAGAGCAGGCGAAGGACACCUCCUGGGUGUAAAGUUAGAAGCUAGAGGAUUAUCGAACCGCAGUGUUCUAUCUGUUUCAGCAAACUCCGAACGAGAUGCUAUGAUGUCAUAUAGCGCUGCUGUCGUUGCUCGUCUGAAUGAAUCAGAAACGUUAACUGUUUCUGUUUACUCCGAUUCGCAGUCAUUACUUGUACCAAACACCACAAUGUAUGCUGCAUUGGUGACUAAAAAAGACAAUCACUCCUGCUUAACAUUACGAUCAAAAACAAGCCAUUACACAAGUGGAACAUGGUGGAAAGCUAUCGGGGACUGGGAAAACUUUGACGCAAACUGCACGCCUUCCGACUCAGAUUUCAGAAAAGGAAUAUUUGUUGCUGAAUUACCAGGUAUUUACUUCCUGGCAACUACAGUUUUGGUAAAGACGUCACAUUCAUCAAAUCAAACAAGAAUUAUUGAACUUCUGCUUUCCGUCAAUGGGGACGCGAUGAACACCAAUGGAUUAAAAGCUAUCAGAGGUGUGACUGAUGGUUUGUCAGUGGUGCUAAGUUUAUCUGCUACUGCUUAUCUUGAGCAGUGGCAAACCUUGUAUUUGAUGAUUAGAAGCAGUGGCGAGGGUGAUUUUGAAGUAACCAACGGAAGUACAUUUAGCGUGGUACUGUUAGAGGAGACAAGGCAGUACAAGACAAUAGCAAACAACAUUACUCAGUUUGACAAAGGCCCACGAAUAAUACAUCAUCCACCAUCGAAAGCGAGAAGUCUCGGCGGCGAUCUGGGAUUAAAUGUUUCCUGGAGAUGUGAUGCAUUUGCUAAGGGGGAAGUGUCAUAUCAGUGGCUAAAGAAUAACCAGCCUGUCGAAGCCUCCCAAGAUCUUUCAAUUGUUAACGUGCAAGUAUCACACUCAGGUCAAUAUGUAUGUCAGGCGGAGUAUGAUGGCAUCAAGGUGUAUUCAACGCAAGCUGAACUUGAUGUGUUCGACACAACCCCACAGUCUGAGAAUAGAGAGUUCAAUUCUACAGAAAACAAAAAUGCUUCAUUCGAGCUUUCUUUCAGUGCUUUGGACAAGGAACGCAAGGAUGCUUAUGUGUCUCUCGUCAUAGUAAAAGGAAACACGAAUGGCGCGUUUGUACUUUUCCCUGACGUAUCACAAUACAGAUUUAGUCUGAGAAAUCAAAUUCCAUUAGAUCACGAGGCCAUAAACGUGUAUCACCUGACACUUAAGGCUACCAAUCAGGGAACAAAGAAAUCAAAUGAAGUCAAUGUGACAAUUCACAUUUUAGAUGAUAACGAUAAUCCACCGAUAUUCCAUAACAGGACUGAAAAAAUAUCUGUCAAGGAAAACAUAGCAAAUGGAACGUUCAUACAUCAAGUGAAAGCGAUCGAUAAAGACUCUGGGAACAAUGCGAUAAUAAAGUAUAGUCUACUGUCAAGGGAGUAUGAUGACAACUUCUUUAUUGACGCCCUAUCUGGAAAUGUCUCUAUCAAUGGAAACCUAAAUCACGAAAGCAGGAAUGAGUUUACACUACUAAUCCAAGCAACAGAUGGAAAGUUUCGAUCAAACAUGACCUUAUUAAUAACAAUAUUGGAUGUGAACGAAUUCCAACCCGUGUUUUAUCCACAGUAUUCUAAAAUUAACAUUUCAGAAAUGGCUUCAGUGGGUACACUGAUCAUUCGAGUGAAUGCCACAGAUAAGGACUCUGGAAAGGAUGCCAGAAUACAUUAUAAAAUCACUAGCGGUAAUGUUAAUGGCACUUUCAGCAUCAUUGAAACAAAUGGAACAAUUUUACUCCAAAGAUCAUUGGAUUAUGAGAAACGUAGUGGUUACCAACUUCUUGUAGAAGCCUCCGAUGGUAAAUUUAAUUCAACUGCGAAUGUCUCGAUUCAAGUCGAAGACGUCAACGACAAUGCUCCGUAUUUCACGAAAAAACUUUUCACAGCUACCAUCUUAGAUGAUUUUCCCAUAGGAUCUGUGGUAAUGAAUGUGACAGCACUGGACAACGAUAGUGGCUCUAAUGGACACGUCACGUAUUCGUUAGCGGAAAACCCACAUCCGUUUGGUAUCAUUCCUGCAAGUGGAGCUAUUGUUACUUUGAGGAAACUUAAACUGAACGCAUCCCGAGUGGAAUACAGACUUUCAGUCAUCGCAAGUGACAAUGGUAUUCCAAGUAACCAAACGUGCGUGAACGUCCUGAUUAUCGUGGAAGAUGCAAACGACUCCCCUCCGGUGUUCAAGGGUUGCGGAGUCAAUAGCAUAGCGAGGUCAACCAAACCAGGACAGCAUCUCUUUAAAGUCUCGGCUUCCGAUGCUGAUUAUGGAUCCAAUGCUAACAUCACUUACUUUAUUGAUCAUGGAUCAUCCUCAGAAAUGUGUUCUUCAAACUCAAACAUGUUUCAAGUAGAUGGAAAUGGAACAAUUAGCAACAUAAAGGAGCUGGAAGAGAAUAUUCUCUAUAACAUAACCAUAUGUGCCACGGACGGAGUGGAGUUUGAUCGGUGCACAGUAGCUUUAAGUGUCAAUCUGCCUGAGGAAUCCACUGCCGGAGCAGGGAAAGUUGAUUCUUCAAAGACGUUGAAAAUUUUAGUGACCGUUGUAUGCGUCACCUCAGGCUGUUUGAUUUUGGGUCUAUUCUUAAUUUGGUACUUCCGCCGGAGAAGAGAAAGUGGUUAUUCAUUGGCAAAGAAACACGGAAACAAGGCUGAAUCUCGGUUGUAACAAUUUCCGAGAUGUAAUGAAAACAGAGUGCGGCAGAAGGACGGGAUCCGCAGAAUACGGAACCAGUAGUCAGCGUUUUUUCAUGUAAACUAAAAACGGCUAAGGAUUAAUUUAAGGUUAAGCGGUAGCAGUAGGAUGGCAAAUGAAAUUUACGUUUAAGAAUUUUUUUUCAGUUUCCGUUGUGUAGAUUACAGAUAAAAAUAUCCCUCUAAACAAUUACUAUCAGCUGGAAAACCUUAGUACGCCACAAUGCGAUGCAAUCCCGCUUUUAAGGUUUGUGUGCAAGCAGAUGGUCCUUUUAUCUCUGUGAAAAUAUGAACUUCUUGUUAUGUUUUUACGUUUGAGUCUGAAUAGUGACCCAUUGAAAUACUGUAGUUUGUGACGCGGAAUGUCAGAAUAUUCCAUAACGCGGAAUGCUAUGCUGUAUGAAACAAAAUUCUUAAAAAAGGAUUUGCAAUGAAAUAAAAUUAUUUCUAAUCGACAAGAGAAAUUAAAAGAAGCACAGGUAGGUAAUCAUUGUUGGGGCCCGGAAGACUAGGAAACCAUGGGGCUUUCGGCCAAGCUAAUCACUUUAAAUAAUUAUUAUACUGCUAUUGUUAUCAUUAUUACAGUUGUUUAGAUCAUUUUUUGUUACCUUUUAAUCAUUGGUUGAAUGUCAAUUAGACAAUAAAUUCUUGACUCAUCUUUGUCUUGUGGAACAAGGUACACAUAAAUUUGUGGGCUGCGGCAUGUUUCCUGUUUUGCAUGUGAGACAAAUAUUUAGCAACACUACCUUCCACCAUCAUUGCACAACCUGUAGCUCUUUUCAAUGUCGACCGAAGGGUCUCGGUUAUUUUAAAAGCUGUUUAUUAUAUGGCUUACAAACUAACGAAACGAAAAAUUUAUUCAAGCGGAAGUCAUCAGUUUACAUCCGGAGAUGCACGCUUUUGACUAUUCAUUCAUCGCCUCAAACCCACAAUAAAACUUCGCAAUCAGUGAAUAACACCAUUUUAUCACGUAUUCUGUCGAGAAACCUUUAUUUUCGAAAAAAAAGGAUUUCAGCAAAGUGGUCUCAAACCUUAAAGAGAGAAAACUAAAUGUCCAACACUAAGUAAUCAGAAAUACUGCUUCUGACAAAAACCGCUCGAUUGGUUACAUCUGAUGUUCCUGGAGGCUGAUUUACACUUAGUUGUUUCAUAACGAGUGAAUCUAUUACUGCGAACUACUAAGCUAACAGUGAAAAAAAAAAGUAACUUUCGGUAAUUUUUGAGAUUGCUAUAUUUUAUUGAGGCAUUCUGCUGAGAAUGCAUGACGGCCUCUUUACAAAAUUUAGUCAGAUAAUUUUCGUUUAAAUGUUAUCAUGUUAGGGACAGCUUUUCAAUGUGAAUUUUUUACGGUUUCUUAUCGUAUAUAAGACGUGAGUACGAAAAUAAUAUUUGUUUGUUCACCUUGUCAUU